AUGGUUGAGGCAGCCUACGAGGCCUACGAAGAUGCCGGUAUCGAGGGCAAGGACAUACAGGCGGCUUGGCUGGGCACCGUUUCCUCAUUCCGAACCGGGCAGCCAUUGGCCGACGCAUUGAAACUGGACUAUAUCCCCAUUACCCGCGUCGAGAACGCCUGCGCCACGGCCACUGACGCCUUCCGAAACGCCUGUUACGCCGUGGCUGCCGGGGUCUACGACAUUGUACUGGCCCUGGGUGUCGAGAAGCUCAAGGACUCCGGGUUUUCUGGGCUCGCGGUGCCUGAGGCUCCGGGCUCCGACGUGAACCCGCCCGUACCGCCGCCCUCGCAGUUCGCCCUGGCCGCCACUCGUUAUUUUCACGAGUACGGCAUUUCCUUCGAGGAAGGGAAGCAGACUCUGGCCCAGAUCGCCUCGAAGAAUCACCACAACGGCACCAUGAGCCCCAAGGCGCACUUCCAACGCGAGGUCAGUGCCGAGCAGGUAGCCAACGCGCCCAUGGUCGCCUGGCCGCUGGGGCUGUUUGACUGCUGCGGCGUAAGCGACGGUGCGGCCGCCGCCAUAAUCACCACACCGGAGAUCGCCAAGACCUUCCGCGACGACUAUAUCCUGGUUAAGGGCAUCGGUCUGUCCGUCGGCGCCUACGGCAUCUUGCGCAACGACUGGGACUUCACCCACUUCCCCGAGACGGUGCGGGCCAGCCAGUCGGCCUACCAGGAGGCGGGCAUUUCCGACCCACGCCAGGAAAUCGACUUAGCCAUGGUCCACGACUGCUUCACAAUCACCGAGCUGAUCAUCUAUGAGGAUCUCGGUUUCAGCCCUCGUGGCCGCGCCAGUGCGGACGUGGAGGCAGGCACCUUUACCCUUGAAGGCGAGCUGCCGGUCAACACCGACGGCGGAUUGAAAUGUUUCGGCCAUCCCAUCGGUGCCAGUGGCAUUCGCAUGAUCUACGAGGUCUACAAACAGCUCCAGGGUAAGGCCGGCGACCGCCAGCUCCAGAAGGCCGACCUGGGCCUGACGCAUAAUCUCGGAGGACGGCCCGGCUCGUUUACCUGCUCUGUGGCGCUCUUCGGCACCCGUGAUUAA